AUGAACCACCUUACAUUUCUCCUAAUUAAUGGACCUCUUGUUUUUCUAAAUGCCCUGGCUAAUGCGUUUUAUGUGUUUUGCAUCGGCUGUCCACUUAACGGAAAAAGGAUCAAACAACCUCUGCAGCUUCUCCUGGGGACCUUGAUUGGCUGUUCAAUAACAUACCUGAUGUCAUUUAUGGUGAUGAUCCACUUCUUUUUCUGUCUGUGUGUGAUGGUGAUGUCGAGUCUUUGUACUGUAGUCUACCUGUGUGGACACAUGCGUCGUAUGGUAGCAAACGGACAGCCAGUUUCCCAUCCACGGUUACGCAGCCAGGUGAGGGUCACCGUCACUGGCAUCCUACAGGGAGUCCUGUACCUGAUCUGCUCUGCGUGGACUUUGUACGAGUUUCUUCCCCUUGCAUUUAUCCAUCCAACCACACAUUUCACUGUCAUUAACCUGUACAUGUCAGGCACUACGGUGGCCCUGGGAGUUGGUCAGGCUGUAUUCAGGCAGAGAGCAGCGGACAUCUGGCUCAGAGCAGCUCAAUGCUGCAGAGAACAACAGACUGAACAAGGAGGGUGA